CGAAUCAUCCGAUAUAUAAAUACAUGUAUCGUCAUCAACAACCUGUACAGGUGAUAACGCUGGUUUAUCCAGGUACCCACGACCACAGGGCGGAGAAAACUCGGGAAUCUCAUUUAAAAUGGCACAAAAACUAAAACCAGAUGAGCUGAAAGAGGCACAAGCAUGCUUCUCCCUCUUCGACAUGGACAACGAUGGUAAGAUUGCUACCAAGGACCUUGGCACGGUCGUCCGGUCAUUAGGAUGCAAUCCGUCGGAAGCGGAAGUGACGCAGCUCAUCCGGGAAGUUGACAUCGAUGGAAGUGGACAGGUGGAAUUUUCAGAGUUUAUUGCGAUGUUUGAGAGACAUCGACAUGAAAAAAACACGGAGGAGGAGAUUAUUGACGCCUUCACUGUUUUCGACAAAGAAGGCAACGGGUACAUCAGUGCUGCAGAACUUCGUCACGUGAUGACGAAUCUCGGCGAGAAAUUGCGAGAUGAGGAGAUUGACGAGAUGGUGCGUGCUGCUGACAUGAAUGGAGAUGGUCAAAUUAAUUACAAAGAGUUUGCACACGUUCUCCUUGCAAAUUAAAAUGAAUAUAU